AUGCAAAAAUUAUUACUGGAUCAACCUUCGCAUCUCAAUUCGGUUCGGAAUGCUCUUGAAGGCUUGGCUCUCAUAUUUCCAAAUCAACUUGAAUUAAUUAAAACAACACAGAGAUCGGAUGAUCAAGACUCCUCCUCCUCAACAACUGUAGAUACCAUAUUGUUGCGGAAAAUUCAUGAUAAUACGAAACAUGUUUCUCUCAUUUCGGGUGGUGGAAGUGGUCAUUCUCCUUCUCACGAAUCUUUUGUUGCAAAAGGAAUGCUUACUGCUGCAGUGUGUGGAGCAGUCUUUACUUCUCCUUCUACUUCUCAAAUCUAUAGAGCCAUUCAAGCUGUAACAAAAACCAACAAGGAAAACGGAAAGGGGUGUUUAUUGAUUGUGAAAAAUUAUACUGGUGAUAUUUUAAAUUUUAGAUUGGCUAGAGAGAUGGCAUUGCAAAAUGAUUAUCGUGUUGAAAUGAUUGUUGUCGGAGAUGACGUCACACAUCAGAGAGGAGUUGCAGGUACGGUGUUUGUACACAAGUUGUGUGGAGCGAUGGCAGACAAUAAUUAUUCUCUGGACGAAAUUGUUAAUGUUAUGAAAUCAUUUGAGUUAAUGUCUCCAUCUUCUGUGGAUGAAAUUAAGUUUGAGAAACCCUUUAUACGAAGUAUUGGAGUUGGAUUGAAUAGUAUUACUUUACCUGGACAUCAAGAACCACUUUAUGACUUGAAGGAUAGUGAUGCAGUGUACGAGUUGGGUUUAGGAAUUCAUGGAGAAAAGGGUGUUUCGAGAUUGGAAUAUCCAAGAGAAAAUGCAGCAUUAGAAAUUUCUCAAACAAUGAUUCUACAAUUAAUUUCUCUUGAACACAAGUCCACAAAUGUCUCUUCUGAUGCAAAGAAAUGUGCCUUGAUGGUCAAUAAUUUAGGCUCAACAACUCUAUUGGAGAUGUAUAAUAUUGUAAAAAUUGUAGUAACAAUUUUACAGCAAUGUAAUAUCGUACUGGAGAGACUUUAUGUUGGUACAUUUAUGACAGCUCUUAACAUGCAUGGAGUUUCUUUAACAUUAUUGAAUUUGGGAACAAGUGACCAUGACAAAAUUUUAGAAUUAUUAGAUUGGAAAACAGAUUCAUUGUUUUGGCCAGAAUGUUUUAAAUUAAGCAUACUAGAUCAUGAUUCCAAAGACUCUUGUCGUGAUGUGUCGUACUUGACUGUAGACUCAUUUCAUGAGGCGUCAAUGGGCACAACUGACGAGGUUUAUCAUACGACCGAUAGAAAGAUAAUUGAGGAUUUUAUCAAAUUGUUAGAAAUUGUAUGUGAUCACAUUGAUUCGAGAUAUCAAUACUACAAUGAAUUGGAUAGUGCUGUAGGAGAUGGAGAUUUUGGUGACUCCAUGAAACGAGCGGCCAAGCACAUUAGAACAGAUAUUUUGAAAACUAGUAAAUCCAUCAACAGCCUUCAAGCACUGUUUUAUGGUAUUGGAACCUCAAUACACAAAGCAGGAGGAAGCAGUGGCGCAAUUGUAUCCAUGUUUUUCUUAAAGUAUGCUCGUUCAUUACGAGAAUCACCAGGAGAUAUUGAUAAGAGACAUGUUAAAGCUUUCCAGGAUGGGGUGCAGGGAAUGAUGGAGUUAGGAGACACCAAAGCUGGUGAUAAAACUCUUCUUGAUACUCUCAUUCCUAUCAGUGAGUUUCUUAAAGAACUAGACAUCGGCCAUACAUUGGACAACACUCACUUCUCCCAAAACAUAUCAGAAAUUGCUAACAAGGCAAUGCUUUCAACCAAAGAAAUGUUGGCAAAACGGGGUAGAGCACGCUACCUGGGUGACCGUGUACUGGGUCACGUAGAUCCUGGUGCAUUCUUUGCUUUUGAGGUUACAGAACUAUGGGCCAAGUGGUUUUCUGAAAAUAGAAAAUAA